AUGGAAGCCUAUGUGAAUAAUAUGAUUGUGAAGAGUUCAUCCAUGGAAGAACGCACAUUGAAGCUCUUACCACUUCGGAGGCCAACACUUCCUACAGAAAUUGGGUGGAACUCGUUUCAGUCUCUUUGCUUAUAUCAGGGCUUUUGGACCUUCCCUCAUUUCCUCGAAAGCAUCAUUUUAGCUCAACAUCGUUUCAAGCCUAAACCAGGCGACAUCUUCGUCUGCAGUGCUCCUAAAAGCGGCACCACCUGGCUCAAGGCACUGAGUUUCUCCAUUGUCACUCGAAACCGUUUCGACACUUCCAACAGCCCUUUGCUCACCAAGGGUCCGCACCAUUGUGUGCCCAACUUGGUCGGUUUUGACCAAAAACCAGACAUACGUAAUCCAGGAAUCCCACUCAUAUCCACCCAUGCCCCCUACCGUUGUUUGCCCAAAUCUGUUGUGGAUUCCGAUGAUGUCAAGAUUGUUUACAUUUAUCGAGACCCAAAAGAUGCAUUCGUGUCCAUGUUUCACUUCGCAGCCAAGCGACGGCCCAAGGGAAUGGAACCCAUUUCUCUAGAGGUGGCUUUCAACCUUUUCUGCCAAGGGAGAUCUGUUUUCGGACCAGCUUGGGACAAUAUCUUAGGUAGCGUAUUACCUUGUUAA